AUGGAGGAGUGGAUUCCUUUGGAACGCAUGGAGACUACAAAAGGAGACGAAAAGAAAGACGUCCUGUACAGCUGGACGUAUUCGCCAUCUGGUCGGUAUGCAGUCGAUUUCGACUACAAGGAAAUAUCCCAACUCGAAGAUGAACCAGAGACACACCACUUCCUCUUCCGUUUCUUCGUACUAGAUAUUCUCGAAAAAACCUGGUAUCCUUACACCGUGAAUACUGGACCGUUUAAGGAAAUAUCCCAACUCGAAGAUGAACCAGAGACACACCACUUCCUCUUCCGUUUCUUCGUACUAGAUAUUCUCGAAAAAACCUGGUAUCCUUACACCGUGAAUACUGGACCGUUUAAGCGGUUCUACUCGUUUUAUUGGCUGUCAGACAGCACUGGCGUCUUGCUCGAUUUUUCCAAGAGAGAAGGCUCCGUUCGACAAAAUUUGCUUCACUUUGAUCAUGCUAAGAAAAUCGUUUCGUGCAAUAUCAUCAGGCAUGCAUCAUAUUUAGACGAUAAGGCCGGAGGUUGA